GUGUUAUUUAAACUGUAUAUUCUCGUCCACACAGAGCACUUGUACUCGCUGAUUACUUUCAGUAACAAGGCAACAACUGCAGCUAUCAGAAUAACCAGAUGUAAGCCAUAUAGACAAUCUGCGGGCUGUCAUUCCUCGCUGAAUCAGCGGCCUACUGGUCCUACAAUAAAUCUGAACCAGCUACAACAAAUACUUCGAUGCUGUCACUUGGAUAUCGGCCGUGCCUGUUUUGGCAGUUAUUAGUCGCUCCCUUCUGAUACCUGUUUUAAAAUUGACAUUCUACUGGCACCUGAACUCGCUGUGUCAUCUAUUAUCCACUGCUCUGUGAUGCCGUUUUGUUUCUCGUGGCCUGUGAUGCCGUUGCCGCCAUUCUUUGUCCUGUCCUGGCCUUUCUCCUAAGCGAGUCAGUGCUGUAUGUGAUAAACAGGCGCCAUUUUCUUCAACAGCCAGGAAGUAACAGGACGGAGAUUGUGGGAUAAUGUUGAACAUAUUUGACAAAGAAAGAGAUAUAAUCUGACCGACUUAUAGGUAUAUGGAGCAAGUGUUUAAGUUACUGUGAUCUCCAAGCUGCAGCACCAGAAGUAAACAUAAAGUUUAGCAAUCACUGACAGAAAUAUUACAGGAUCUACUGUCGGAAUGGAAGCCAUGUUAGGGCAGUCUAGACGAGGUGUAAAUCCAAGAUCAGGACAGGUGACAGUACAGACACAACCUCCAUUAGCUGAACAGGAAACAAAUACAACAUCAGCUCCACAUCAUCUUGUAUUCUUAGAGAAGGCAGAAUGUGUGCGUUCCUUCAGUACUAAACUGGGAGAUGAUAGAGAAAUAACUGGCAUAACUGGGUUAGCCAUAGAUAAGGAACACACGUUUGUUGUGGAUAGAGGAAACAACAGAACAAAAGUAUUCACACAUGAAGGACAAUUUAAGUUUGACAUUAAAGUAAACAUACCACAUGAUGUGGCUGUGUCACAGACUGGUCACCUGUAUAUAACAUCACGGGGUGACAGUUGUGUCCAAGUGUACUCCACCAGAGGUCAGCAGGUGACAACCAUGGGUCAGGGUCUACUGGAGUUACCACUGGGUAUUACACUGAACAGACAAGGUCAUGUGAUGGUUUGUGACAGAGAAAAGAAGUCCAUCUUGACAUUCCAUGCAGACAGUGGACAGCUCCUGAACACUAUUCCACUCAGUAUGUGUAGAAACCCAUGGUGCAUCACAGUGAACAGUGUGAAUGAUAACAUUGUGAUAUCAGACUUGGGACACUGUGUACAUGUGCUGUCACCUACUGGUGAUCAUCUGUACAAGUAUGACGGCAGCAGAGAAGGCAGUGAACUGAGUUCACCAUAUGGAGUGUGCACAGACAGCUAUGGUCACAUCUUCAUUGCUGACUUGGAUAACAACAGGAUAGUGGCACUGAGUCCACAGGGACAGUUUAUCAGAUACAUUGUCACUGAGGAUGAUGGGUUGGAGUCUCCCACUGCAGUAGUCAUCAACCCUGCUACUGGUCAGCUGGUGGUGGGAGAGUAUUACGGCAAUGUUCAGACAUUCCAGUACAUUGAACUGAAACAAGGUCAGUUUUCAGAGGAAAUCAAUAGACAAGACCCACUACUGCAAGAAGCAUAUCAACGAGCAUGUAAGGAUGGCUUUGAAAGAGUGAAGAGGGCGAGGGUGAUACUACUGGGCCAUUACGGUGCAGGUAAAACACACCUGAGAAAGAGGCUACUGGGAAAGGAAUAUGAUGAAGAUAAAGAUCCAAUCACUAAUGGUAUAGAAACUGACUACGUUCUUGUUAAGGAGGGUUGGAAUUCAGAUGAAGCUGAGUGUCAUGGGCCAGCAAUAUCACGUUUGCUUGCUGUUAACACGAGAAAGAUACAUGAGGAAAUCCGGGCAAGUCAUGCAGAGUUACAACCCUUGAGCCAAGUUGUGGAGGCAACUAAUGCACCAACAUCAGAGGAAGUGAAGAAAUCCACAUCGAAGUCUCCAGAAAUGCAGUCUGAUGUUAUUUCUGAUGUUAUUCAAGAGAAAAUUAUAGCAGUUUCUACAAAACUUGAAGAUGAGAACACUUUAUCAACAGGUGGACAAAUUUCGGCAACACAAGACAAGGAAAGGGAACACCAGCCCAGCCCUAGUAGUUCCAAGGAGGCUUUGUCCUAUUUAAAAACAGAGGAGAGUAUGGAGCUCCCGCCUGAUGUCUUAACACAUUUGACAGAAAGCUUGUACGACAUUGAAAAUCCACCUGCUCGUCUAGCAGUCUGGGAUUUUGGAGGGCAAAGUGUGUAUUACAACACCCACCACACAUUCCUUUCAUCCAGAGCUAUUUACAUUCUUGCCAUUGAUAUGAGCCUUGCUUUAACAGACAGGCUUGACGACCAAUGGCAUGGUGCUGAACACUUCUCAGGAACUAUUCUUGACUUUACUAAUUAUUGGAUAGACGCAAUCCAUACUUAUUCGCAACAGCAAAACAUGAGUGAAGAUGGGGUAUCGUCCCCCCGAAUAAUCAUUGCUUGCACGCAUAAAGACAAAUACCUGGAAAAUAUUCCCAAAGAAAAGCAUGAAGAAGAAAUAAAUGCAUACUUUGAUAAAUUGCGGCAGCAUAUACAACAGAAGAGAAGUGGUGUGCAUGUUGAUCCUCGUUUCUUUGCAAUUGACAACACAUGUCAAGAUGAAGAUCAAGAAAUAUCUGAUCUCCGUCGAUAUGUUAUGAAAAUUGCUGAAAGCCAAAAAUCUUGGGGAGAGAAGAAUCCAAUAAGAUGGAUUAGAUUAGAAGAAGAUCUUCAGCUGCGACGAGCACCCGAGAAACGAGGAAAAAGGUGGAUAAGGUAUGAGGAGCUGCAAAAUUUAGCUCUUAAAGUUGGAAUGCCGGAUGCCAUUGAGCUGAAGUCAUUCCUCCAGUUCCAUCAUGACAUUGGAGAUCUUAUGCACUUUCAGACUGAUGAUCUUUCAGACAUUGUCAUUUUGAAUCCAACAUGGCUGAUAGACGCAUUCAGGUCUAUUAUAGCAGUUGAUAAACACCAUGUCAAAGCCAAAGGGACUCCGUAUUGGUCUGCAUUAAAGAGGGGCAUCUUAGAUGAAAGACUUUUGGAUGAGCUAUGGGGAGAUGACAGUGAGUUGAAGCCCAUUGUAAUUGGUGUUAUGGUACAAUUCAACAUUCUUUUGCAACAGGAUGUCAAGCCAGGUACAACAGAAAAGCCUACUUCUCGACAGUUCUAUGUGCCCAGCUUACUUCAGGUAUGCAAGAAUCCAGAAUCUGGGGUUGGCAGUGAAGGAACACUGUUUAUACAAGGGAAAGAGAACUUUAUGCCACAUGUGCUUUUCAACCGGCUUACAGUGAAAUUAGUUCAAAAUGACACAUCUUCAGGUAGGAAAGGAUUAAGAAGAAGAGGUGACUUUUUUCUCUUUCAAAAUGAGUUGUACUACGAUUAUGCUGUAUAUGUAAUUGAUCCACUCAGAAGAGCUCGUUGUGCUUUGAGAAAGUCAACAAAAUCCUCUUCCAUCGAACUGAUUCCCUUAUAUCCCCCAACGACAAAGUUUGACAGAACAAUCCGAGGGGCAUAUGCUAAGUGGAAGAACCAUGUUUCGAUGCAAAUUCAGCAAGUUAAGCAGACAAUCUGCCCACAUUUACAUCUAGAAUGGUGUGUCAGAAAUCCAAGAAAGCCAAAGGUCAGAGAUGAGCUGAUGGCAAUGGAUCCGAAGGAGACUGAUCACACAGAAUGUGGGCUCCCUGAGGAUUCAGUGUACAGACUAUGGUUUAUGCCAGACUCAAGUGAGAAGGAGGAUAGUGUUACUCCACCUGCCACAACAUUACCAAGUGUUACUGGAGGUAAAUUAUCAUAGAACUCU